CAGCCCAUCUCUUAGGUUGCAGACCCAACCCAUUAUAGAACGUAGAAUUCUCUCUCUUUAAUCUUUUAGCAAAUCGAUGCUUUCUUUUUUGCUGACGAUUUACUACAAAUAAGUAAAAUGGCCGCCAUUGUUGGAGCCUUGGGAACUACCUUUGCUUCUUCUUCCUCGUAUUCCUUUCGUUCUUCUUCUUUUGUUCUCCGGAAACUAACCCAUUUUUAUCACCCUUCUUACUCUGCUUCUCUUCGGGGUUCUUUUGCUUUUUUUCGCUUCUGUUCUCGUGGAGGGAAGUGCAUGGCUCACUCGCUGGCCCGGGCCAAUCUCGGCCUAACAAAUCCUGCUCCUAAUGAAGCCCCCCAGAUAUCUUUUGGGGCAAAAGACAUUGAUGUCUUGGAAUGGAAAGGAGAUUUGCUUGCAGUUGGUGUGACAGAGAAAGAUGUGGACAAGGAUGAAAAUUCCAAGUUUAAGAAUCCGAUUUUGAACGAGCUAGAUUUGCGCUUGGGCGGAUUGUUGGCUGAAGUAUCUGCUGAGGAAGACUUCACCGGAAAGGUUGGCCAAUCGACGGUUAUUAGAUAUCCUGGUCUUGGCACUAAGAGGGUUAGUUUGAUUGGCCUUGGACAGUCAGCUUCAAAUGUAGCAGCCUUUCGAGGUCUAGGUGAGGCCGUUGCAUCAGUAGCGAAGGCAUCUCAAGCAAGUGAAGUUGCUAUAUCCCUUGCCUCUUCCCAGGAACACUCUUCUGAAUCCAAGCCCAACAUUGCCUCAGCCAUUGCAUCUGGAACUAUACUUGGGAUAUUUGAAGACAAUAGAUACAAAUCAGAGUCCAAAAAGUCCGCUCUUAAAUCUGUGGAAAUUAUUGGUCUUGGAUCUGGAGCAGAAGUAGAUAAAAAGAUUAAAUAUGCACAAGAUCUCAGUUCUGGGAUACUUCUAGGAAGAGAACUUGUCAAUUCACCUGCAAAUGUACUCACCCCAGGGGCACUGGCAGCAGAGGCUACAAAGAUUGCAUCAACUUACAGCGAUGUUCUUUCUGCAACCAUUUUAAAUGAAGAGCAAUGCAAAGAAUUGAAGAUGGGCUCCUACCUUGGUGUUGCUGCAGCCUCCACAAAUCCUCCUCAUUUUAUCCACUUGUGUUACAAACCUCCCAGUGGACCGGUAUCGGUCAAAUUGGGUUUGGUUGGUAAAGGAUUAACCUUCGACAGUGGUGGCUAUAACAUUAAAACUGGACCUGGGUGUUCAAUUGAUAUAAUGAAAAUUGACAUGGGAGGUUCAGCAGCAGUUCUUGGUGCAGCAAAAGCCAUUAGCCAAAUCAAGCCUCUUGGAGUGGAGGUUCAUUUUGUCAUCGCUGCCUGUGAGAACAUGAUAAGUGGAACUGGCAUGAGACCUGGAGAUAUUAUCACUGCUUCAAAUGGAAAGACAAUAGAGGUUAAUAACACUGAUGCUGAAGGCAGGCUUACGCUCGCUGAUGCUUUGGAUUAUACUUGUAAACAGGGCGUUGACAAGGUAAUUGACUUGGCUACUCUAACUGGUGCUUGCAUAGUUGCUCUCGGGCCUUCAAUUGCAGGUGUCUUUACACCUAGUGAUGACUUGGCAAAAGAGGUAUUGGCUGCUUCAGAAACCAGUGGUGAGAAACUUUGGAGGAUGCCAUUGGAGGAUAGUUAUUGGGAGUCGAUGAAGUCAAGUGUGGCUGAUAUGGUCAACACCGGUGGUCGUCCGGGUGGUGCCAUUACAGCUGCUCUGUUUCUGAAACAGUUUGUUGAUGAGAAGGUCCAAUGGAUGCACAUUGACAUGGCAGGCCCUGUCUUCAGCGACAAAAAGCGCACUGCAACGGGGUUCGGCGUCGCCACAUUAGUCGAGUGGAUUCAGAAGAAUGCUUCUUAAGCAGUUGACGAUCGAAGGGUAGACGACGAGAGACAUCAGAUCGAUGGCUCUACUGUGGAUGCUAGGAGCUUUCAUGGGUUGUCAGCACUGUGAGAUCAAUCUGAAUAAAAGCUGUGAGCAGCAGCGUCUGUGGUUUUAUAAAUGCUCUUCGUUUUUUUAGCCAUUAAAUUAUGAGAAAUGGGGCUUAGAGAAGUUAUAGACAUCGAACGACACGAUGACUGAAGGGUGAAUUCACUUGAUAUAUUUUCUAGUAGAAGCUCGAUAGAACGUGUUUUUAUGGUACGUAGAGAAACAUUGUUCGUUAUAGAGAGAAAAAUUGUUCCUUUGGCAAUGAGGCAAAAGUUCUAUUG